UUGACGCAGAGUCUGACUUGCUUGUUGUCAACCAGCCAGCCAACAACUCGUAACCGGCGAGCAGUUCUAUUCUUUUAAGGAUUUUUACGCUUUACACAUUUUUUAAUCUUUGUGGGAACUAUGGAGGAGUACCAUUCCGGAGAUGAGGUGGCCUUCAAUCCUGAUGAAGCAAGUAACGCUGUUAAAGAGUGCAUUGAGGGUGUUAUUGGAGGCGUGGACUACAACCAGAAUAAAGUGAACCAGUGGACGGCCAGCAUAGUCGAGCACUCGCUCACUCAGCUGGUUAAACAGGGAAAGCCAUUCAAGUACAUUGUUAACUGUGCUGUGAUGCAGAAAAGUGGGGCAGGACUUCACACUGCCAACUCCUGUUACUGGGACACAACCACUGAUGGAAGCUGCACAGUCAGAUGGGAGAACCGCACCAUGUACUGCGUUGUAAGUGUGUUUGCCGUCGCUGUCACUCUCUGAACCAAGAACCAGGGCCAACGUCACACCUUCAGACCAAUAUACACACUUGGACACCAGGGGGUGCCACCACCUCAUCUCAGUAUUCUGAACCAGCCUGUGCAGAAUGUCUGUUUGGAAGUCCUCUGCUGUUUGGAGUGGCAUGUCUUUUAAUGACAGUUCCCUUGUGCCCACAGUGUAAACUUUAUAUUGUAUCAUAACUGCUUGUCUUUGAUGCUAAAGUUAUCUGUAGUUGCCAUUCCUCCAUUUUGUUUUCUCUGGGUUUGUGUAGAAUCACUGCAAAUAUGUACAGUGUAAUAUUUAAUUGAUAGAUUUGCUCAUCCAGGUUGAAUUUGAGUUUGUAUUAAAUUAAUGCUUGUUUAUUUCAUCACAACCUUGCGAAUGCAGCAUUCAUAAUGUUAUUUCUGAGAAUGUAUUCAAUGAAAAUAUACAAAGAAAUGCAUCUGAUGUCAGCCUAACAUAUUAAAUAUAACUUUAAAAUGUGUUUUUAACUGCAACCAUACCAAGAACUUUGUAGGACGUUCUGGAAGUCAUGAUUCCUCAAUGAUUCCUGUAAUAACACGCUAGAAGAGUGACAUCUUUCAGAAAUGCAAAAACAAUGGUCUUUUUUUAUUGAUUUCAGUAUUCAAUGUGGAAAACAACAAAGCAGGAACAAGACAACUGUAACAACACAAAUGCAAAUUCCCCCUGUGUGUGUUUUUUCCCCUCUGUAUCUAUUUAUGAAUCGCUUAAGAAUAAAAAAGAUUUGUGUAAUUCA